AUGGAGGCCCUGGAGCUGGAGCUGGAGCAGCUGAAGCAGCAGAGGUCGCAGCUGGAGUCCAUUUAUAAACUGAAGCAGCAAAUUGCAAUUGGAGAAGCAGCAGCAGCAGCAAAAGCUGCUGCUGCAGUGUCGCUGGACCGGCGCUGCAGCAGGCCGCUCGGGGUGUACAGACACAUCGCGCUGCUGCGCAGCAAGUUCCUGGAAAGCGGCAGCAGCAGCAAAGCAGCAGCAGCAGCAAAACUCAGCAGCAGAAUCUCCGAAAUCCUCGGAGGCUCAAGAAGGGUCUGGCCAGGGGCCCCCUGGCGGAGAGAACUUGAGCUGCUGCUGCAGCAGGAGCUGCUGCAGGCCGAGCUGGGGGCCCUCAGCAGCAAAAUUCAACGCAAACAAUUUGCUGCUGCUGCUGCUGCUCAGGGGCCCCUCUCCAGGGCCCUCGAGGGCCUCCGGGGCUCUUCGGCGCGGGCGCUGCGCUGGACAGCUUCGCUGUUGCGGUUUUAG